GCCCGCCCCCUGCAGUGCCCACGGCGGCCGCCAGGAGCGCCGUGGCGCAGUCACGCGCGGGCGGGGCCGCUGGCGGAGCGAAGCGGAGGCACACAGCUCCUGCCCGGGCCUGGCCGGUGGGCGGCAGCGGGCCCGAGCGCCCCGGGGCGCGGCCCGACGGCAUGAAGGACCUGGACGCCAUCAAGCUCUUCGUGGGCCAGAUCCCGCGCCACUUGCACGAACAGGACCUCAAGCCGCUAUUUGAGCAGUUCGGCCGCAUCUACGAGCUGACUGUGCUCAAAGACCCGCACACCGGCGUGCACAAAGGCUGUGCCUUCCUCACGUACUGCGCCAGGGACUCUGCCAUCAAAGCUCAGACGGCCUUGCACGAGCAGAAGACCCUGCCAGGGAUGGCGCGGCCGAUCCAGGUGAAGCCAGCAGACAGUGAGAGCCGUGGAGGUAGGGACCGGAAGCUGUUCGUGGGCAUGCUCAACAAGCAGCAGUCGGAGGAAGACGUGCUCAGGCUCUUCCAGCCCUUUGGCGUCAUAGACGAGUGCACAGUGCUGCGAGGACCCGAUGGCAGCAGCAAAGGCUGUGCCUUCGUGAAGUUUUCUUCCCACACAGAGGCCCAGGCUGCCAUCCAUGCCCUGCACGGCAGCCAAACGAUGCCGGGAGCGUCCUCCAGCUUGGUGGUCAAGUUCGCCGACACGGAUAAAGAACGGACGCUGCGGCGGAUGCAGCAGAUGGUUGGCCAGCUGGGCAUCCUAACGCCAUCCCUCACCUUGCCCUUCAGCCCCUACAGUGCCUACGCCCAGGCUCUCAUGCAGCAACAGACGACAGUGUUGUCCACCUCUGGCAGCUACCUGAGCCCCGGUGUGGCUUUCCCUCCCUGCCACAUCCAGCAGAUUGGUGCCGUCAGCCUUAACGGUCUGCCCGCCACACCCAUCGCUCCUGCCUCUGGGCUACACUCACCCCCACUGCUAGGCACUGCUGCUGUUCCUGGCCUGAUGGCACCCAUUCCCAAUGGCUUCCCAGGUGUCCUGCCCCUUCCCGGGAGCCACCCUGCCCUGGAGACCGUGUAUGCCAAUGGCCUUGUACCCUACCCAGCUCAGAGCCCCACCAUGGCAGAGACCCUCCAUCCUGCCUUCUCCGGAGUCCAGCAGUACACAGCCAUGUACCCCACCGCGGCCAUCGCGCCCGUGGCACACAGCGUUCCGCAGCCUCCACACCUCCUGCAGCAGCAGCGCGAAGGUCCCGAAGGCUGUAACCUGUUUAUCUACCACCUCCCCCAGGAGUUUGGAGACACGGAGCUGACCCAGAUGUUCCUCCCCUUCGGCAAUAUCAUCUCCUCCAAGGUGUUUAUGGAUCGGGCUACCAACCAGAGCAAGUGUUUCGGAUUCGUGAGCUUUGACCACCCGGCCAGCGCACAGGCAGCCAUCCAGGCCAUGAACGGCUUUCAGAUUGGUAUGAAGAGGCUGAAGGUGCAGCUGAAGAGACCCAAAGACCCAGGACACCCGUACUGACCACGCCCACAGCCUCUCCGCUGUGGGUCUGGCCC